AGGAUUCAGUUGUAGAAAUGGAGAAGAGGAGAGUGUUGUUUGUACUAUGGGUAGCGGCGAUGAUGAUUAUGUGUUCGUGUUGGAUGGAGGAGGAAGCGGAGAAUGCAAAGCGGAGAACGAAUUUGGCUACCGGAGAGGUGAAAAUUGAAGGCGAAAAGGCUAUGCAUAGUGCUAAAGAGAAAGCAAAUUCUUUGGGUGAUUGGGCCUCUGCCAAAUUCUCCCAGUAUCAACAAGAUGCGAAAGAAGCAACAUCAGAUGCUAAGGACACUAUAAGUUCUACCGCAUACGGAACCGAAAGAGAGGCGGGUCAGAAGGUUAGUGGAAUGGUAAACAUGGCAUCUGAUACUAAGAAUGUUGCUUGCGAGAAGGCAAAUCAAGCAAUGGAUGCAGCAGCUGAAAUGGCUCAUCGUGCCACCGAGAGAGGGAAACAUAGUGCAUUCAAUGUAUAUGACUUUGCAUCGGAGAAAGCAAGUGAUAUCGAUAAUAAAGCGAAAGAGAGAGUUCAUUAUGCUUAUGACUCUGCCUCUGAUGAGGCUGGCCGUGCUAUGAACACGGCCUCUGACAUGGCAGCCAAUGCCAAAGAAGGAGCCAAACAUAAAGCUUCCGAGGCCUAUGAUUUCGCUGCUAAGAAAGUGGAUGAUGGAAUGAACACAGCUUCCCAAGUGGGCAGGGAAGUGAAGGAUAAAGCUAGCCAUGCCUAUGGUUUUGCCACUGACAAAGCAGGUCAAGCCAUGGACAAGGCUUCAGACAUGGUAGGUGAGGCCAAGGAUCGCGCCAAAGACGCUUAUAGAUACACAUCUGAUAAGACGAAUCAAGCAAAAGACAUGGCUUCUAGUAGUACAGCUAAUGCAAAAGACACAGUGGAAGAUAAAGCAUCCGAGGCCAAGGAUAGCGCCAACGAUGCUUACAGGUACAUAUCCGAUAAGUUGAAUCAGGCCAAAGAC